AUGUCCUCUCAGACCUCGACAAAGCUACUUAACGAUGGAACCAUGAUGCCGACUUUGGGUUUUGGCACCGGUACUUCAGUACAGGGCAAGUCUGAGUGCUCUGACGCGAUCGUCCUUGCUCUACAGAAAGGCUUCCGAUACAUCGAUACUGCGUGCUCAUAUGAGAACGAGGAGUCUGUCGGUAUCGCGCUCAAGAAGUGGGGAGGGAACAGAGAGGAUGUCUUCAUCUGCUCAAAGUGGGGCUGGUCCAUCCCCGACCAUCCUCACGAUGCGGAGGAGGAGCUGAGGAACUGCCUGGAGAAGAUGUGCGUGGACUAUCUGGAUCUGUACCUGAUCCAUAGCGUGAACGUAUCGCAGCCCCAGCCAUACAGCAACGUGGAGGCGUGGAAGAAGAUGGAAGACUUCAAGCGGCGCGGCCUGGUCCGAUCUAUCGGUAUCAGUGGAUUCAGUGGAACCCACAUCGAAGAGCUUGCUCAGAUGUGGACGAUUCCGCCUUCUAUCAACCAGAUUGAGUAUCACCCAUACUCCUUUCACGACCCUCGGAUGAUCCAUAUGGCAGAGACCUGCCGGAAAUACAACAUUGCAAUCUCCCCGUUUAGUGCCCUCGCCCCUUUGACCCGGUUCCCGGGCGGCCCAGUCAAUGCGGUUGCCGCCGAGAUCGCCAAUAAGAGAGGACUCACAGCGGCGCAGGUCCUUCUUGUUUGGGCGAGGCAGCGGUCAGGAGGCGGGCCAGUCGUCACGUCAGUCAUCCGCUAG